AGCCCUUCCCGGGCCGCCGGAAGCCGCCUCAGCGGGGAGGCCGCGGGCAGCGGGGCUGGCCGGGCCCGGGCCGCGCCUGCUUCUCUGCCGGGCGUAAAGCUUCUCCUCUUUCAUCCUGAGGCUUUCGGUGCGGGGAGCCGCGCCCUCCCUGGGGCAGCAAGGCCCUGACCUGGGGAGUUGACUCCGCCGGGCCUCGAUAGAGCAAAUAUGUUUCCACUUAUACAACGAUGCUGCUUCCGUACACCUUUCAAACUCCAGAAGUUAACUGGUCCCAGGCUACUACUGCAUGGAAGGAAUAAGACAACUUCCUCUACUCUCAGCUUCCAUCUGCAGAGAGGUGUGUGUCUUCUCUCAAGAUCUUCAAGCCUAAGCCCAGCAUCAGUAUAUGCAACCAAGCUCCAGGCUUUUCACACCUCUCUCCCAUUCUUCAAGAAGAAAACCCCCAAAGAAUCUGAGACCAAGGUCUCGGGUGUAAUUAAAAGAAGCAUGGAAUCACUGAAGGAGUCUCCAAAGCCAGCCCUUUAUAUAAGCUUGGCAGGGCUAAUUCCAUUUGUUUCUGUGCCACUGGCAAUGGCCAUCCAAGGCACCUACUACCCAGAGCUGGCGUUUGCUCAGGUUAUAUAUGGUGCUGUAACAGUCUCUUUUCUAGGAGGAAUGAGGUGGGGGUUUGCUCUCCCAGACAACAGCCCAGCCAAGCCAGACUGGUUGAACCUGGCUAACAGUACAGUUCCUCCUCUACUUGCCUGGCAAGCCUUGCUUUUUAAAGAUAUAACUUCUGGUGCAAUAAUGCUAGUAAUAGCCUUAGGGAUAGCAGUACAUUAUGACAUUUCCCUUCUUCCUUCUUAUCCUAGGUGGUUUACUGUACUGAGGGUAGUGGGAACAGUGGUGAUGGUGUUAUCACUACUAGCUACUGCAGCACUGAAGACUUUCUUAGGUAAGCAGCUCAGUGACAGCAGAAAUAAACAGCUGAGCACAAAAUACUAAAUCAAGAGGAGAAAGAUGUUUAUCUGCUGAUAAGGUGUUUGUAUGGAGUUUCAGAGGAAUUAAGGACAUAUUUGUGCUUAGAAGUCAUAAGAUGGCAGUGAUCAAGAUGAUAAUUCUCAAAGUAAACAAUGCAGCAAGUUUAAUAGGGAUUGAAUGUAAAUGCCAAUGGCUUCCAAGGGAGGCAUGAGUCUGUUUUUAUCCACAGCAGGUGUCCCUCUUGAAUGAGAUGUUACUACUGUGUGAAUUUAAAAUGGAGAUUCAGCUGACAAGGGUAUGAAUUGCUGUAUGCUGAUUAAAGUAUCUGGUGUAACUAUAA